UCUCUUAGCGGACUUCGGGCUUGCACCUCGGUUGGUCCCAAACUCGGCCUCCUCGGCCCGGCCGCAGCGGUGACAGCAGCAACAACGAUGGUUGCAAUGGCUGGCCCGCGCCGCAUUGGCCGUCUCGGCCGGACCCUGGGCGCUUCGGUGCUGGCAUCUCGCGCCGGUGCACCGCUUCGGCGGCCUUGGCUGUGCACCCCAUUCUCCCACACUCCGUCCGCCGCAUGGAGCUCGCUAGACGAGGGCGCUGCCAACCCGCCGCGCUUUGUCAGGCUCCCAGAGCUCUUCCCGACCCACGAGAACUUCACCAACCGGCACAUCGGGCCCGACGAUGAGAGUACCGAGCAGAUGCUCAAGGCCUUGGACCCACCCGCCGAGUCCCUGGAGAGCUUCGUCAGGCAGGUCAUCCCGCCCGACAUCCUGUCGCACCGCGAGCUCUUCCCGGUCCCUCGCCGGGAGUUCGCCUCGGCGGCCUUCGGCGCCACCCACGAGGGCCACCAGGAAUGGGAGGUGCUGAGAGUGGCACGGACCGCGGCGGAGAGAAACAAGUACCGGGUGAAGAACUUCAUCGGCGCCGGCUACUACGGCACCAUCACGCCCGAGGUCAUCAAGCGCAACGUGCUCGAGAACCCGGCCUGGUACACCAGCUACACCCCCUACCAGCCCGAGAUCAGCCAGGGCCGCCUCGAGUCCCUGCUGAACUUCCAGACCAUGGUCUCGGAUCUGACGGGCCUGCCCAUCGCGAACGCCAGCCUCCUGGACGAAGGCACCGCCGCCGCCGAGGCCAUGACCAUGUCGCUGAACGCUCUUCCCGCCUCCAAGGCCAAGCGCCCCGGCCGGACCUAUGUCGUCGACGAGACCGUGCUCCCGCAGACGGUCAAUGUCCUGCGCAGCCGCGCCGAAGGCUUCGGUGUCGACGUCAAGGUGAUGGACCUUUCCGGCCCUGACUUCUCCGAGCUGGAGAACCUGGGCGAUGACCUGGUCGGCGUGCUGGUCCAGUACCCCGACAGGUACGGCCAAAUCUACCACUGGGAGGCGCUCGCCAACACCGUCCACAACCAAGGCGCCAUGCUCAGCGCCGCCACCGACCUGCUGGCUCUCACCCUGCUCACCCCGCCCGGCGAGUGGGGUGCCGACAUCGCCUUCGGCAGCGCCCAGAGAUUUGGCGUCCCCCUGGGAUUUGGCGGUCCGCACGCUGCCUUCUUCGCCGUCCAGGAGAAGCAUAAGAGGAAAAUGCCCGGCCGCCUCAUCGGCGUCUCGAAGGACCGACUCGGCGGGAGGGCCCUCAGGCUCUCCCUGCAGACCAGAGAGCAGCACAUCAGGAGAGAGAAGGCCACGAGCAACGUCUGCACCGCCCAGGCGCUCCUGGCCAACAUCAGCGCCUUCUACGCCGUGUACCACGGGCCUGUCGGGCUGAGGAAGAUUGCCGAGAGGUGCAACUUGGGAGCGAGGGUCGUUCAGGCCGCUGCCCGGCGCUUCGGCUUCCACGUGGAUCACAAACCCGUCGCAUUCGAUACCGUCGUCAUCGGCUGCCCCGAUAAGGCUCAACUCAUCUACGGCCUUGCCAGGUUGGAGCACAUCAACAUCAGACUUGAGGGCCCUGACCGGGUCGUGAUCAGUAUCGACGAGACUGCCGAGGAAAGCGAUCUGCUCUGCUUGAUCAAGGCCCUCGACCAGGCCUCGCGUGAGGAUCGCGCUCACGACCUCAAUUCCGGCUCCGGAUCGGCGGCUACGGCAAACCCCGCGGCUGCGCCUGCCGAUUACAUCUCGCUCCUCGCUGAGUUGCUCGCCCAGUGCCGGUCGGAGGACCCCCUGGCAGAUGAUCGGGAGCCGCUUCGGAGACAGUCGGCCUACCUGACUCAUCCCAUCUUCAACACGCACCAUUCCGAGACCGAGCUGCUCCGGUACAUCCACCAUCUCCAGUCCAAGGACCUGUCGCUCGUGCACUCCAUGAUCCCGCUCGGAUCCUGCACCAUGAAGCUCAACGGCAGCACCCAGAUGGCGCUCAUCACGCUUCCCGGCUUCGCAGACGUGCACCCGGCGGCCCCGCCGUCGGACACGAAGGGAUACUCCCUGAUCAUCGCUGCGCUUGAGGACCAGCUCAAACAGAUCACCGCCAUGGACGGCGUCUCCUUGCAACCAAACUCGGGCGCCCAGGGCGAGUUUGCCGGCCUGCGCACGAUCCGCAAGUACCACAGGAGCAGGGGCCAGCCCCAGCGCGACAUCUGCCUGAUCCCCGUCUCGGCCCACGGCACCAAUCCUGCGUCUGCCGCCAUGGCCGGCAUGCGCGUCGUGCCUGUCAAGUGCGACACCAAGACGGGCAAUCUGGACCUGGCCGACCUCAAGGCCAAGUGCGCGCAGCACGCGAACGAGAUUGCCGCCAUGAUGAUCACGUACCCUAGCACAUACGGCGUGUUCGAGCCCGAGAUCAAGCAGGUGUGCCAGAUUGUGCACGCGCACGGCGGCCAGGUGUACAUGGACGGCGCCAACAUGAACGCGCAGAUCGGCCUCUGCUCGCCGGGCGAGAUCGGUGCCGACGUGUGCCACCUGAACCUGCACAAGACCUUCUGCAUCCCGCACGGCGGCGGUGGCCCCGGCGUAGGCCCCAUCUGCGUCAAGAAGCACCUCAUUGAGCACCUGCCGACCCCGGCGGUGGCGUCGGACAGCCCUAGGAACUACCCGGUCAGCAGCGCGCCGUACGGCAGCGCCGGCAUUCUGCCCAUCAGCUGGGCGUACAAUGCUCUGAUGGGAGCCGAGGGCCUCAAGAAAGCCACCCAGAUCACGCUUCUCAACGCCAACUACCUGCUCAGCAAGCUGAAGCCGCACUACCCGAUCCUGUAUACCAACGAGCACGGCCGGUGCGCGCACGAGUUCAUCCUCGACGUGCGGCCGUUCCGCGACUCGGCGGGCAUCGAGGCCAUCGACAUCGCCAAGCGGCUGCAGGACUACGGCUUCCACGCGCCCACGAUGAGCUGGCCCGUGGCCAACACGCUCAUGAUCGAGCCGACCGAGUCCGAGUCCAAGGAGGAGCUCGACCGCUUCGUCGAGGCCCUCGUGAGCAUCCGCGGGGAGAUCCGCGACAUCGAGGAGGGCAGGGCCCCGCGCCAGGGCAACGUGCUCAAGAUGGCGCCGCACCCCAUGGCCGACAUCAUCGCCGGCGACGGCGACGGCGGCGCCAAGUGGGACCGGCCGUACACGCGCGAGCAGGCCGCGUACCCGCUGCCGUGGCUGAAGGAGAAGAAGUUCUGGCCCAGCGUGGCGCGCGUCGACGAUACGUAUGGCGAUCUCAAUCUGUUCUGCACGUGCCCGCCCGUCGAGGACACCACCGGCGGCCACAUGUCUUCCGUUCAGGAGGUUUGAGCGCGAGCGGAGAAAAAAACCCGCCGAUCCCGACCAUGCUCUUCAAGUGGGAGAGAUGGGGUAGUCUGCGGCGAGUAAGAUCUGGCCGGGGGACGGCAAGCUAAAAGGGGGAAAGAUUGCGCUUUCUUUCAACGAGGGUUUCAACAGCCCAUGUACGAAAUACCCAGCAUUGAGCGUUGUAUCGAGCGCAAAGGCAGGAAGAGGAAGGUGUAAGCGAUGGGGUGGGAGGGGCUUCAACCCAGGGGUUCAAUCAGUCAGCGAGCGCGAGCGUGUAUUCAGCGGGCACGGAUGACUCGCUUUUAUUUCAACAAAUAAUUCAGGGCGUUUAGAUGUAAAGGCAUCCAUCCAUCUGGGGCCGGAUAUGCGGAGCGGGAGU